CUUUAGCUUAGCCGGUGCGGAGUCAUGAAAGUGUUUGUAAACAACUCAGCAAGGCUCAGCAAACUGGAGUCGGAUAAAUUCCCACAGACAUCUCUGACCGUCAACACAUCUCCCAGAGUGUCCCUAAACUUGGGAUCUGAAGGAUGUUUGUGCUCACGGUUUCUUCAUGUCUCCAAGUCGACGGGAUGACAGAUCUGUAACACCACGGAUUACCUCACAGCUGUUUCAGUAGCUUUAGCAUCUCAGUAGCAGAGCCUCAGGACUCCUUUCAUUACCUGUGUACUGUCUUUACUACUGAGUCAAGAUGCCUUGGCCAUUCUCGGAGUCCAUCAAGAAGCGGGCCUGCCGAUAUCUCCUGCAUCGGUACCUGGGCAAUUUCCUGCAGGAGAAACUGAGCUUAGAUCAACUCAGUUUGGACCUUUAUCAAGGCACCGGGUCCCUCGCACAGGUGCCAUUGGAUAAAUGGUCACUCAAUGAGCUCCUCGAGACAGCAGACGCCCCUUUUGAGGUAAUCGCAGGGUUCAUCCAGACAAUUUCGCUCACUGUUCCAUGGGCGGCACUACUGCAGGAAAACUGUGCCCUCGAGGUCAAGGGCUUGGAAAUGGUACUCAGACCAAGACCAAGAGUGGCAUCUGGCUCUGAGCCCAUGUACUGGUCCAGUUUCAUGACUAGCAGCAUGCAGCUUGCCAAAGAAUGCCUGAGCCAGAAACUCACAGAUGAUAUGGGGGAGAGCUUUCAGCCCUUCGAAGGAUUGGAGAAGUUUGCAGAAACAAUAGAGACAGUUCUGAGACGAGUCAAAGUCACAUUUUUGGACACUGUUCUCCGAGUUGAGCACACCCCCGAAAACUCUAAAACUGGAAUUGCUCUUGAGAUUCGAAUCAGCAAGAUUGUUUACUGCGAUGAAACGGACGAAGACAGUUCAAGUGUAAAUGUACAUCAGCCAACUACAUUCGCCCAUAAAAAUGUGCAGAUGGAAGGUAUCACUGUGUUCUGGGACGAGUUCUCAGACACAGCUCGUGCCGGUUGUAAGUCUUCCCCCACGCCAACGGAAACGGAGCCAAAGCUCUCUCCCAGCUGGAAUCCUAAAAUAAUCUGUGAGCCUCAUCCUCAGUUCACUGAGCCUUUAUCCUCCACAACCCCAUUUGAGCCUGUGCAAGUCGGCAGCCUCAGCGGUAAAAUCGAGUUGUCCCUCACACUGAAGAACAACCUGGCUAUGCCUGGCGCAAAGCUGGACGUUGUUGGACAUAUUGACACUCUGAUCGUCCUGCUGUCUCCGCGACAAGUUCACCUUCUUCUGGAUUUGUUCGGAGCGUUUUCUGGUGGAGGGUCACGGGAAUGGAGUAAAGACAGGAAAAGUCGCCCCAUUCAGCAAGAGGACGAGUAUCGCCUGCACAUGGAGUUGAACCGCUGCCUCAAGAAGGACACGGCCGCGGCGGGGCACGACUCGGACCUCUUCGAGAGCCAGAACACCAGAACGGUUUCAAGUCGAGACGACGUGUUCUUCUCCAUGGCUGACAUGGACAUGUCUCACAGCCUGUCGUCGCUGCCUCCGCUCGGUGAACCUCCCACUGUUGACUUGGACUUGUCGCUCAAUAGUAACUACUCUGCCUCGCCCGGAGAAUCUCCAUCGGGAACUGCCACAGCUCUGUGGGACGACUACAUGGACGUACCGCGUCAAAGAGAGAAGCAGACGAGCGAAACUCCUCCUCAGUCACGAGACUCGCAGCUCCCUCACAAACUACUGAGGCAGACCUCCCAUCCAUCCAAGACUCACGGAGACGAGUCCCGACCGGAGCUGGUGUUGAAGUUGACGCUGAGCAGCCUGGCCGUCUCCGUCCUGCACAUCGACCCGCUGCCUCCGCCGCACGCUGCUCCCAGUCCCCUCGGCCCCAUGGCCGGCCACUUCUUCAGCAUGGUGGCACCGGGGCAGCUUCCCCCCGCCGCCUUCCUUCAGUCCCGGGGAGUGUUCAACCAGGCCUGCCCCUAUGACCACCUCAGGUUUGUUGCUCAGGGUUUGACGAUAAACUACGAGCACUGUCAAGGAUCCAGCCUGCGGACCUUCAGCACCGACAUCUCCUUGAACCAGAUGGAGUUUCUGGAGUGUCUGUUUCCCUCGGAGUGUCUGGUUGGCGGCUCCCAAAAAGGAAUCCAGUACACAGAGCUCCUGACAUUUGACACCACAGCCAACGCCGACACGCCACUCGCCACCUGCCUUCACCUGCUUUACAAACAGGCCGAGCGCCGAGGCCCUCAGGGAGGCCAGGUACGUCUUAGUACCAUUCCAAGGAAAGCUGAGAUCCAGGUGGAGCUGGGCCCUGUGCGCUGUGAGCUGGACAUCAGCAUCGUAGACCGGCUCAACUCCCUCCUGCAGCCUCAGAAACUCGCCACCACGGAGAUGAUGGCCUCCCACAUGUACACCUCGUAUAAUAAACACGUCAGCUUGCACAAGGCGUUUACGGAGGUUUUCCUUGACGACACCCACACUCCCAGAAACUGUCACGUGUCACUCACGGUCAGCGCUCCGGUGCUGGGCGUCGCCGUGCGCUUCCCCAUCCCCGACCUGCGCUCGGACCAGGAGAGGGGGCCGUGGUUCAAGAAGUCCCUGCAGAAGGAAGUUCUGUACCUGGAGCUGGAGGAUCUGGAAGUGAAGACGGAGUUCAUGGGCGGGAGCUCGCCAGACCAGACCAAAAUGGAGCUCACGUUCAAAGAACUCACCGGAAAGUUCCAAGAGGAGCCAGACCACCCGGCGGCCCGGUUCCUCAGGGUGUCCCACAGCCUGGACGGAGACAUGACCACGUCAGAAAGUGUCAAAUUUGACUGGCCCAGGGUCGUGCUGAAGAUGAACCCCGCUACGGUCCACUCCAUCCUGGAGCGCGUGACGGCCGAAGACGACGAGGGGGCGGAGGACCACUCCCUGGAAGAGGAGGAGGAGGAAGGCGCUGCUCACUCGCUGAAGGACGUGUGUGACUUCGGGAAGCCGGAGCCGUCUCCCUUUUCUUCACGGAGGGUGAUGUACGAGAACGAAGAGAUGGUCAUCCCCGGUGAUGUUGCCGAGAUGACGGAGUUCCAGGAAAAAACCAUGAACAACUCCCGCUUCGUUCUUGAGUUGUGUUUCCCCAACGUCCAGCUAGUGCUGCCCAACAAGGCUUUUUAUGAGAAACUGCACAACAGAAUAAACAAUGACUUGCUGCUGUGGGAGCCCACCGCGCCGUCCCCGGUGGAGACGGUUGAGAGCAUGCCGUACGGCGUCGGACUCUCCGUUGCCAGUCAGUUGAUCAACACUUAUUCCAAAGACAGCUUCAGCCAGUUCCGCUCCACCGGCCCCGACGAGGAGACGAGCGGCUCUGAGGAGGAGAACACACACUACUACUCUCCCGCCUCUGAGCUCGGCCUCCGAUCUCGGAAGAAGAAAAAGCCUAAAGCUCACGGGAAGACCUCCCAGAGCCUUUUCUCCGUCAUACUCAGCGUCAAUCACGGCCUGGUGGCCUUACAAACAAACGCCAAGAAGGAGGAUAAAACGAUUAUCAAAAACAAGCACGGCGAGUUCUGGAUGGAGGUGAAAAACGCCGUUUUGUUCAGCGUCACUCAGUACGAAGGCUACAAAGACCAGCACUACAUUUGUUUCCACACUAGCAGCGUCUGCAUGUAUCACCAAGGACUGGUCGACGGCGGCGCCCUCGUCUCAGACAUCAAGUUACCCUGCAGGACGCAUCCUCACUGGCUAGAGUCGACCAUCUACCAGUCGGAGACGGCGCCGGAGAGAUCUUCCACGCCGUCGGAGGGCAUCGGCCUGGAGGCCCGCAGCAUGGUGUCGGUGGCGGUGAAGGUCUCGUCGCAGAACGCGGAGCGCAACAUCAAGGAGUUUCUGGUUGCUGUUGGCGUGAGAGGAGCCACGCUGCAGCACAGAGUCGUUCCACCCAGCCUCGGCUGGUACGACCAGAUUGUUGACUUUCUGAAUGUCUCCGAUGAGCCGGUGUUGGGUUACGCCCCUCCUACGUCCGUCACCACCCUACAUUUACACCUCUGGAGCUGCUCUCUAGACUACAGACCUCUGUACCUGCCUCUCAGAUCGCUGGUGGUUGUAGAAACUUUCAGCAUCUCCAGCAGUGUCUCUUUAGACCAUUCUUCAUCAACACUCAGGAUCAUCUUGGAUGAAGCUGCUCUCUUCCUGUCAGACAAGAACAACGCCGUCUCUGUCAAUCUGGCACGCGACUAUGUCCAAGUGGUGGACAUGGGAACCCUGGAGCUGAGGAUCACUGCCGUCAAACCUGCAGUAGAUGGAAAACUGUCGGAGCCCAGGUUUGAGCUGCGCUGCUCUAGCGACGUAAUUCACAUCAGGACGUGUUCGGACUCCUGCGCCGCCCUCAUGAACCUCAUCCAGUAUGUCGCCAGCUAUGGAGACCUGCUGCCUCCGGCAGAGCCGGAGACCAAACACAGCAGUGCCGCACAGAAGAGCAAGGUGGAGGCUCCCAGCCGGCCGCCGUCUCAGACGCCGCUGCUGGCUGAGACCGAGCAGCAGAUGCUUCAGGACCUGAUGAGUGAAGCUAUGGAGGAGACGGACGGGCAGAACGCAGCAGGGCCACAGGAGAACGGGUCGCACGAGGAGCAGAUUCUGGACCUCGACCCGCCUCGCUCGGAUCUCUUCCUGUUCCCAGACGAGAGUGGGAAUUCUGCCCAGGAUUCCAGCCCCACCUACCCCAUGCUCGCCUCGCCUCUCAUCACACCGGCUCCGAACCUCGCCCAAGAGACGGACGACUUCUGCAUCCUGGAGACUCCCGGGUCCAGAGGAGAGGAUGUAGAUCAGGAGCCGGUGGUUAGAAAACUGACCUCGGACCCGGUGGAAAUCAAAGACAAUCAUUUCAGUCAGCCUCUGGAGGGCAGCGACUCGAGCCGCGGAGCCGUGAACUUUCCCGUCCCGGAGGUGCGCUACCUCAUCAAGGAGAUCUCCGCCAUCUGGCACCUGUACGGCGGAAAAGACUUUGGCUGUGUGACGUCCACAGCCUCUCCUGCUCGAAGUCGCGGGGCCACACCUCACAGCUCUCCAUCUCAAACCCCAGUCAGACAAACCAAGGCUUCAGGGCGAGCGCUUGGCGGAAAGGGAAGAAACCCUGAUGUCCUGAUGGAGAUCCAGCUCAGCAAGGUGAGGUUUCAGCAUGAGGUGUACCCGCCCAGCACGUCUCGCCCGGCUGUGGAUCAGCCCGUGUCCCGACAGGUCUUCGUCGUGCAGGACCUCGAGAUCCGGGACAGACUGGCGACUUCCCAGAUGAACAAGUUCCUCUACUUGUACUCCAGCAAGGAAAUGCCCCGGAAAGCCCACUCUAACAUGCUGACGGUGAAAGCUUUGCACAUGUGUCCCGAGUCCAGCCAGGCGCCCCCAGAGUGCUGUUUACGGGUCUCCUUGAUGCCUCUUCGUCUCAAUAUUGAUCAGGACGCAUUGUUCUUCUUGAAGGAUUUCUUCACCAGUCUUACUACUGAAGUUGAGUUUUUCUCGCCGCCUGCCCAAGAAGCGGUCUGUGUCACCACGAAGAAAGCCGCUGCUCCGGAGAUCUCCUGCAGUUUCUCAAAGCCCGCCUCUGGCAGCCUCGACCCGGCUCCCAUCAUCUCCGUGCCUGCUCAGAGGCGCCUGAGCCACAACGGCUUCUCCGCCUCCGGCAAGGAAGAGAUGAACGACGGCGACGCGUCGGCUUCGUCCUUCACAGACCAGCCCAUAUUCUUUAGGGAGUUUCGAUUUACCUCUGAGGUUCCCAUUCGUCUGGAUUACCAUGGGAAGCACGUAUCGAUGGACCAGGGAACCUUUGCAGGGAUUGUUUUUGGCUUGACACAACUCAAUUGUUCAGAGUUGAAACUGAGACAGCUGUGUUAUAGACAAGGAUUACUGGGUGUGGAUAAGCUGUUCUCCUAUGCAAUAAACGAGUGGCUGAAUGACAUAAAGACGAACCAGCUUCAAGGACUUCUGAGCGGCGUGGCGCCCAUUCACACGCUGGUGAAACUGGUUCACGGGCUCAGGGACUUGGUGUGGCUCCCGAUUGAGCAGUACAGGAAGGACGGUCGCAUAGUCCGAGGAUUCCAGCGUGGAACCGCCUCCUUCGGCACCUCGACGGCCAUGGCUGCCCUGGAGCUCACCAACAGGAUGGUGCGGACCAUUCAGGCUGCUGCAGAGACGGCCUACGACAUGGUGUCUCCAGUGCCCGAUGAAAGCAACACGAAGCGGAUAAAGCGGUACUCUCAUUAUGGGAUGGCUCACCAGCCCGUUGACCUGAGAGAAGGCGUAGCCAAAGCUUACACCGUGGUGAAAGAGGGCAUAACCGACACGGCGCUGACCAUCUACGACACGGCCACUCGGGAGCACGAGCAGCGCGGGAUGACGGGCGCCGUGGGCGGAGUCCUCCGCCAGCUGCCUCCCGCCGUGGUGAAGCCCCUCAUCAUGGCCACCGAGGCCACCUCCAACGUCUUGGGUGGGAUGAGGAACCAGAUUCACCCCGACGCUCGCCAGGAGGAGUCGCAGAAGUGGAGGCAGGGUGAGGAUUAAUCCUCACGACAUCCCAGAGCAAGACUGUGCAGCAGCUAUAAGCUAUAAAUGUUUGGGGGUUUUUUUUGUUUUUUUUUUUAAUUAAAAAGGAGAAAACUGGAGCUGUGGUGUGUUUAGGACAGUGUUCAUCUCGUGGCCGUUCGAGCUACUGUGACUCAGCUUUCGUCAGUUCCCUCGCAGUGCCUUCACGGUCAUCAGCAGUGUCCGACUGUACGUUUUAAGCAAAGGGAAGUACAAAGAGGAGUGAGUCUGCGAGCCACAUAUCGUCUUAAUGUGGGCUAAAUUUCAAACCGGUUGUUUGCUUCGUAUUCAAACUGUUCCGUUUACAGAUUGUGUGGUUACAUUCUCUUAACCUACUCGGUGUCCGCACUAAUAAUAUAGAUGUAACAACCUUUCAUUUGUAUGGCUUGUACUUUUAGCAGGCUUUGACUGUAAAUAUCAAUAAUGUCUGACAUUUCAUGCAAAUAAUCAAAAGCAACCAUAGGAACUGAAUGUGUAAAAGCUGUUUAAGUUCUGUAGUCGGCACAUUAUCGUGACUUGAAGGGUUUCUCGCCCCAAAUAAGUUAUAGUUGGGUUGAUAGCCCACACUUGUUGUAAAGAUAUCUGGUUUUAUUUUGACUUGUGAUACGUGUUUGUGUAAUUUUCACUGAAGCUGCUGUCCUGAGAAGCUACCUUUAAAUUAAGUUCCCAUAUGCUUGAUCCCCUCAGGCUACCACUCGCUCACAGCUGCUUCUGAUCAUUGUCACAGCAGAGUCCAGCUGCCCCAAAUCCUCGAAGUAAAGUCUUAAAACCCUGCUCCACCACUUUUUGUAUGUGUGAAUAGUGAUGUUCGCUGUGGUUCGCUGUGCUGCAGACGCUUGACUUGCACACAUUCGUGUUCAUGUGGAAAGGGUUUAUGUAUUUCCUGUAAAUACAUGUACAGUUAAUUCAUGAAUUUGUAUUGAAAGCAUGAAAGGGAAAUAAAGAUGUUUAAUUUCAUCACG